CCAGCAGCCACCACCGUUCCUCCGAUUCCACAUCCGCUCGCAGCUCGAGAUCGUGAGCCAUGUCCGGGCGCGGCAAGGGAGGCAAGGGGCUCGGCAAGGGCGGCGCCAAGCGCCACCGGAAGGUGCUGCGCGACAACAUCCAGGGCAUCACCAAGCCGGCGAUCCGGCGGCUGGCGCGGAGGGGCGGCGUAAAGCGCAUCUCGGGGCUCAUCUACGAGGAGACCCGCGGCGUGCUCAAGAUCUUCCUCGAGAACGUCAUCCGCGACGCCGUCACCUACACCGAGCACGCCCGCCGCAAGACCGUCACCGCCAUGGACGUCGUCUACGCGCUCAAGCGCCAGGGCCGCACCCUCUACGGAUUCGGCGGCUAGGUCCUGCCGACUGUCGCCUGUCUCUGUCGCCGCCUGCAGAUCCGCAAAGCUUGAUGGAACUCUGCGCGCUCAAGCGCCA